AUGAUUUUGCAUAUCCGGGAGAACCGUUUUGUUUACUAACAGUUUUCCUCCCUGUCAGCUCGGGCACACUGCUUUGGAUGGCUGUGCACAGCACAGCCAUCCAAAGCAGUGUGCUUACAGUGAAGCACACUGAUACAGCCUCCUAGUAAAACACUCCCAGCACACAGUUAACCCUUUGAUUGCCCCUCAUGUUAACCCCUUCCUGCCCAGUGCCAUUAGUACAGUGUCAGUGCUUUUUUUUUUUAGCACUGAUCAUUGUAUUGGUGUCACUGGGGAUGUCAGUGACACCAAGUCAGUUCCCCCCAGUGUCAGAAUGCCCACCGAAGUCCCGCUAU